UCAUGCCAUGGGUUAAUUGGUUACGUUUUAUGAACGCAUUCAAGUUUACAGAUCUGUCAGUUUGCUCUUUUUUUACGCAAACAAAGAUACUCUCUUCGGAAUUCGAAAUUCGAACACUGAUUAGCUGGAAGUACUGAGAGUCGCAAACACGAAGAGCGAACAGUAGCUUUCCUCUCGCCAGCCGGCUCAACUGAUGGUUCAGAUAGCAGACGGCGGCACUCGACGACGGAAGCAAUUGGGCAGCAGCAGCAGCGACAUGGCAAGGAAUCUGGAAGACAGCCUCAUCCAGGCGAACGCGGACUACGUCAACUUCGACCGGCAUCGGGAGGAGUACACCACCCACUACAACGCCCUGCGGGACAAGCUGUACACCGAGUGGAAGGCAGCUGGAGUUCUGGGCAAGCUGCUCAAGGGAUACACACUGGGCGGUGGCUAUGGCGAUAACCUGAAGGUAUCGAUGCCAGAUGAGUUUGAUCUGGUGAUUCACCUGGUGUUUCCCGAAAAUGACAAGAUCAUUGUCAAGGCUGAUCGCGCGAAGCCAGGCAAUGUGAUCCUGGACAUGAGCAAGGUGAUGGAGACGAUCUUGAAUCAGGAGCACAACAAGGCGGUCUUCGAGCUCCUAAGGAAAAUAGUGAACGCCAAGAAUGAGUUGCUGGAGGACAAGCUGCAGAGCUGGCUGCAGGGCGUGAUGACCCAGGCCCUCAAAAGGAUGGGCAAACAGAUCGAAGUUGGAGGCGUGGUGUCGCCCCUCUGCUACAAGAAGUGCGGUCCCGCCCACACGAUCUUUGUUAAGGGGCGUUACGAGUACUCGGUAGACUUUGUCCCGGCCAUCAAGCUAUCGGCGGCCCAAACCGUUUUGGCCCCGGAGCAGAGGAGGCACUUUGGCAACACACCCCACUGGGAUGCCAUUCCCAAGCCCAUGAAGCCAGCCAAAAACAACAACGUUUCCUUCAGAGCCUCGUACUACGAUGCCGAGCGUAGGCUGCUCCACGGCAAGAACAACCUGAAGAAUGCCAUCCGACUGUUGAAGCAGCAUAGGAACACCAAAAACAACAUGGGGAACCUGAAAAGCUAUUACAUCAAGACGCUUUUCCUGUGGGAGGUGACUCGGCGGGAUGACAGCUACUGGCAGAAACCCCUCAAAGAGCUACUGAUCGAGAUGCUGGGCAAGUUAGAAGGCACUCUCGCUUUAUCUUCGGGCAAGGGCAAGUUGCUCUUCUUCUGGGACGCCAAACUGGAUAUGAUUGCCGAUCUGAGCGUUAACCAGCGAACGGAGAUGUUCAACUGCGUGUCCAAGAGCAAGUACACCUUCUGUCGCGGCGACGGCAACCUUAGCGAUGACAUUAAGGACAAUGUUAAGGGCUCUUUUAGCAACGGCAAGGACAAAGGGACAGAGAACAGGCCUUUGAAUGGACAAAGCAAAACAGCGAACCAGGACUGCAAGAAAAAGGAUGAGGAUAGCCAAAAGGAAACCAAACCUAAAGAGAAGCCUACACCUGUCAAGCCAAAUGAACCAAAGGGAGUUAAAGUGGAAUCGCCAGGCGCCAAAUUAAAUGCAAAACCAAAUGAUCCCAAGAAAACUGUGGAGGCAAAGGUGCAGCCUACUCCUGUCAAGCAAGCUGAGGCGGCUCCCAGUAAACCAGUUGCAAAACCCAACGAGGGCCAAACCGGAACCAAAGCCAAGGUUAAGGUCGAGCCUGUCAAACCAAAUCCAAAACCGAACGAACAGAAGGCAGCCAAGGUGGUAACUCCUCCUGUUCAGCCAACCAACCAACCAAAGCAAAAUCCUCCACUUAAACCGAAGCAGCCUGCAAAUAACUCCAAUCCAAAUGGGAAUGGUGCAAAGCCGAAGACCAAUGUCAGCGGUGAUGGUGACUCCAAGGCACAGCAACCUCCUAGUGAGAAACCAGCUGGCACUUUCCUUACAAACUAAUUGCAUCAGGGAGACGGGCUGUGAUUUGAAAGA